ACAAGGCACAGGGUAGGGCAUUGUGAGCAACUGCCAAUCAGCUAUUUCCGUGGGCCCAGCGGGCUGCACCAAGCGGCCGCGUCACGCACGUGUUUCUCCGACGUUGCCGCCCCAAAUAGUCCCCGCCCGCCGAAUUCCGCCAGCACCAUUUAUUUUGCUACAAAACUUUCCCAGAAUCACCAUCUCGCAACUAUGUGACAUUAUGCAUGCGUAUGUCCCAGUUAAAUCCCGGAAAUGCUGUCGAAUUUUCAAUGUUUUAUAUUGAUUGGCGGAAGGAUACACUUGCUGUAGCCUUUUCUCUGAAAUACACGCCAGUACGUCUGCGCCAUGAGUUGAGAGGUUAUACAUGUGUCUGAAAAGAGUGAAGAUUUUAUUUUUGGUGAAGGGUAUGUUUGCAGAUAAUGUCCUCAGCUCAUUCCAAAACAAAAGCGGAUUACAGUUUGGCUAACUACGCGAACCAGGAGACUCAGCCGUCCCCUCUCGCACUGCUUGCUGCUACUUGCAGUAAGAUUGGUAAUACUGCAAGUAAAGAGACGCAUCUUGUACAGGAGCAGAAGCAGCAACACGGUGCAUCAACGCCAGAAGUUGUGUUGACACUGGACGUGCCGCCGCAAUUACAGCAACAACUAGCUACACAAGGACAACAACAGCAACUGCGCCUACUGAACUCUUUGCAGCAGUUGCAUACAUCUCAGCCACAACAAACUGACAACAAUACAGCGACAACCGUGGCGGGCCUCCAGCAGCAGAUAGUGAGAGAGACUAUUAGCAGAGAAGCGUUGUCCAUCUCAAGUCCCUCCGUGCAAGUACAACAACAGCAGCAGUCCCAGCAACAGCAGCAACAACAGCAGCAACCACAAGUUAUAACACUUUCUCAGCUACAAAACUUUCUUCCCUUGCAACAGGCAGGACAUCACGUGACCCAUGUUCAGCCAUCGGAUAACAAUGCCCACAGUCAACAACAAACAACGCAACAGGCUUCUCCAUCUGUCAAGGGCUAUGUCACCACUUCCACUGCUGCACCCACUGUUGUCUCAGUGCAGGGUGUCCCUGGACAGUUUUUACAGCAGGGUGCCCAGCUAGUGACAGCUGCAGGGCAGAACCUGGCAUACAAUGUGGUUCAGCCCAUGCAGACAGUUACAGUGGAUGGACAGGAGGCUUUGUUUAUUCCUGCGAUGUCCGCAGGUCAGCAUCAGGCUUUACAAAUUGCUGGUGGGCAGACGUUAAUUACACCUACAGGACAGAUUAUUCGGGCACCUGGAGUUUUUCCCACAAGCAUACUGCAGAACGUAGCAGGCCAGACAGUACAGAUGACAAAUGGCCAAAAUGUGUCAGUCAGGCCAGCAAGCAUGCCACAAGUGGUCCAGUUUCCUAUGCAGCAAACCAUCCCAGUGCAAGUGCCCAUUUCAACUGCAAAUGGACAGACUGUACUGCAGACCAUUCAUUUUCCUGUUCAAGCAAUUGCAACAGCAAUUCCAAAUAUAGUACAGACUUCGGGCAAUCAGAUGCAAAUGUUACAGCAGCUUGGUCAGGUGCCGACGCAGCAAGUUGCCCAAAUCAUCACUCCAUCCGGCCAGAUCCAGCAGGUGCAGCUGACUUCAGCGGUGCAGCUGAGUGGCUUAGUACAAGCUCAAGCUCAGGCUCAAGCACAGGCUCAUGCGCAGGCCCAAGCCCAUGCCCAGGCCCAAGCUCAAGCUCAGGCGCAGGCUCAAGCUCAAGCUCAGGCACAGGCUCAAGCUCAGGCGCAGGCUCAAGCUCAAGCCCAAGCCCAGGCACAAGCUCAGGCACAGGCCCAAGCUCAGGCACAAGCUCAAGCUCAGGCACAAGCCCAAGCCCAAGCCCAGGCCCAAGCCCAAGCCCAAGCCCAAGCCCAGGCACAGGCCCAAGCUCAAGCCCAAGCUCAAGCCCAGGCACAGGCCCAGGCUCAUGCCCAGGCACAAGCCCAGGCCCAAGCACAGGCGCAGGCACAAGCUCAUGCACAGCAGGUGCAAGCCCACCUACAAGCCCAGGCUCAGCAGAGUGUGAUACCUGCAGGAACCAUCAGCUCGGGCACUUUAACACCCAGUUCCUGGAGUCCAGCUAGUGCUUCAACACCUGGAGUUAGUGUACAGACAGUACCAUCACCAACGCUGGUAAGUGGAGGGGAGCAGUGUAGUGCUGCUGUGCAUUCUGCCCAGCAACAACCACUCUCCCAGCAGCAGCAACAACAGCACCACCAACAGCAGCAGCAACAGUCUCCUCAGCAGCAGCAAUCUCAACAGCAGUCAGCAGUGUCUCAGCAGCAGCUACAGCAAUCUCAACAACAGCAGCAACAGCAACAACUUCCGCAGCAAGCAGCUCAGUCGCUUUUGCUUGGUCAGGGGCAGCCUAUCACUUUGACUGGUGCACAAGGCCAACAACUGACUGUCAUACCUGCAUCAAGCCUUGCAGGACUGCGAGCAUCUGCGGGAGGUGGUAUUAUACAGGUUCCUAACUUGCAGGCAAUACCAGUGCAAAACAUUCCUGGUCUAGGCAAUGUGCAGCUGAUCCCUGCCAGUGCUCUGUCAGUCAAUGCACAGGGCCAGUUGGGAGUCCCAACCGCUCAACAAGCAACAGGGACGAGCCUAGCUGCCACUCCUGCUCAGGUAGUGGCAGCUCAGAGUGGUGGCCAGCACAGUUCGCAACAGACUGACACUGUGGAGGGGGUUGGCCUGGGCACAAAGUGGCAUGUUAUCCCUCACCAGCACGUUGGACAGGCGCAGGUCGUUGUCACAGCGCCUCAUCCUGUUACAGUCACAUCAGCUCCAGCUGAGGAUACACCAGAACCACAGCAAAAGAUACGACUGCGGAGAAUAGCCUGCACUUGCCCAAACUGCUGUGAUGGUGGAGAAAGAAAUGCAGAACGUAAGAAGCAACAUAUCUGCCACAUACCAGGGUGCAAUAAAGUGUAUGGGAAAACGUCACACCUUAGAGCGCAUUUAAGGUGGCAUACUGGAGAGCGACCUUUCAUAUGUAACUGGGUAUUCUGUGGGAAGAGAUUUACACGCUCAGAUGAGCUCCAGAGGCACAGACGAACGCAUACAGGAGAAAAAAGGUUCCAGUGCCCAGAAUGCAAUAAGAAGUUCAUGAGGAGUGACCAUUUAACCAAACACAUCAAAACUCACACUAAAAGAUCUGGGGAUUAUGACGAUACAGAUAUGAGUGAAAAAGAAGUUUGGGUGUCCGAUGUUGAUCAAAAUGGAAUAUUUUCGCUGAAACAGAUACAGUUUUCUCAGGAAGCUGCAACAUCCACACAAUCAGUCUCAUCUGAUGGCAGUUCAUCAAAUGAUGAAAAGAUGAUGAUCACUCUACAGACAGAAGCUGAUCAUUCUGAUCUUGCAAUUAAUGAGGCUAUGGACUCUUCGAUGUCAAAUUAAAAUGGUUAACUCAAGAGCCUUUCAGGAUUUUUAUAAGUACAUGAGACUUGAAGUGUAAAUAUGUAUUUUAUUGUGACUGUUAAUGUGAACUGAGAGAUUCCAGUGAUUGUGCAUAUGUAAAGACAGAGCUUAAUGAUUAAAUCACUGCCUUAGAUUUAUUGUGUAACCACUCAGUGGUGAUACCAAGAAGUGCCUCAAAAAUUGUAUAAUAUGUGUGUGUGUGUGUGUGUGUGUGUGUGUGUGUGUGUGUGUGUGUGUGUGUGUGUGUGUGUACAUGCAUUCUUGCCUGCAAGCAAGUAUGUUAAGUUGGAGAUUGUUUGUAAAUAAAUACUGAAAGUAAUUUUACUUUCCUACAUUGUGUACAUUGUUUUAAAAUCAAAACUGAGUUUUGAAAUUGUGUAUGUGUUGCACAGUAUAAUUGUAAAUUAUAGUUAGGAAGAUGAAGUAUUGUCAUAAUAUCUUUAUAUAAGUUGUGGCUGCUGUUUUAACUAUAGUUUCCAGAAAGAGAGAUAAAUUUGCACAGUUAUUUAGUUGUAUAAAAUUGUUUCAAAAUGAAAUUUUAAAUAUUUAUGUGUGUGUGUGAGAAUGUGUGAAGACAUUCACAAAACACUGUGAGUUACAUGUGAGAGAGAAUGGUUUUCCCCUUAUUGGGGCCAAGGAAUGACAGUUGUCUAAUAAAAGCAAUUUCAGGGUAUUUUUUAAAUUGUGGGAAAUAUAAUUGCCCAAUAUCUGCAACAGAUUUUAUAAGUUAUCCAUUGCAAAGUUAGCAGAAGUUUAUAAGCAUUAGACUCAAACUUUUUUUAAAAUGAAAACAAAGUGUUAAUAUCUCAUUGUAAUGAAUUGUGAACCAACUCAAUGACUGAAAAUUUAACCCUUAUUCAGCUGUAAUUCACAGAGUUGAAACUGGAUUGUGGAAUUAUCAUGAGGAACGCUUAGUUGAGUAAUUUGGUGAAGAUAACUAAAAGAAACAGCAAAAUUUCUUGUUUAUUUGCUUUAUUUACUGCAGUUGAGAUGCUAAGAAAGGAGAGAUCACUGACAUUGCCAUUCAGUACAUCUUUAUUGCAUAUAAUGUAUGUAACAAGAGUCAGUGGAACAGAUUGAUAUUAUUCAUUUAAGUGCUAUUCCACUUCUUGAUGAUCUCAAGUGUACUCUUAUUUUGGACAUUUGUUAAGUCAUAUUCAUUCAGCCAAAGACAGGAGGUAAUACUGUUAAAUGUGUGAUGGAGCUUUUCGCAGAAAUAUGAACCUUGAUGGAAUUGUUUACUUGGAAACACGGUACAUGAUAUUUGGGCUGGCAUUGAAGCUAAUGGUAGAGAAAAAUUUGCUAAUUCCUGCAACACUAAUGUAACUAAUUUAUUCUUUUUUUAUUCAUAUCAUUAACUAAUUGUAUGUGACAUUUUGAUUUUUUCCCCAGUAUUUAUGUAUUAUCUCAUUUCUGUCAGCAGUAGGUGGUAUAACAGUAAUAUUUCAGGGUCCAAAUAUUAGCUGCAAAAGCCAACCUUUUCUUUAACAAAAUUUGAUAUUUAAGAGACAAAUUUUAUUAACAAAGCUAGCCAUGUUCUGUUUUGUGAAGUACCACUUUUAAGCAAAUUACAGCACUUUGUAUUCUUAAAUAUAUCUCGAGCAGUUAAUUACAAUUUUUCUUAGCUGGUAGUUACUGGUUUAUCCUUCCAAACCUCUCUGUUUGCUAUAGAGUAAUUUGUGCAGCAUGAUUGUUUGACUUUCAGCUUUUAUUAUUGAUAUUACACAAGGUUUUACCUCAUUCCAGAUCUAGUAAACUGUCACAAAACUUGAAUAUACAGGAACAGAAAAACUUCCCCUCCUUAUUUUAUUUUUUCUGUUGAUAUAUAACAAGUGUAAAUGUUUCUUAUUGCUUGUGGAGUAUUUGCAAUGCAACUUUCAUCUACUCAGGUUUGAUUUAGGCCAUCUGUGAACCACUUUGGCAGUUUUUGUAUUAAUCGUCAUCACUCUUGCUUUUGUGUUGUGCCAGAGUUUUUUAUUUACCCUCUUUUCCUUUCCUUACAGAAGCUGAAAAUUCUUUGUCAGUCUGUUGUAUCUGUUCAUAGAUGUGUACAUAAAAAUUUGGGAGGUAAGGUGAUGUGCCACAUGAUGCACCAGCAAAUGUCAUACGGCAGUCUGUCUGUGGAAUGCACUUCAUAACAGUCUUAUCCAGUGAGAUUUGCUACUCUUCAGCUCUUGAUUUUGCUGUUCCCAAGUCGCUGCCAAUGACAGACAGUCUAUCCUAGACCAUUUUUCCCUUCCAUUUUGAAUGCCUUCCUAUGAGAUUCCUUUCGGCAUGGCAUAUUACAGGACUCUGAUGUCACUCCCGUGAAUUUCACCUGUUUUUUGGUGUUGGUAAGUCUUCGCUUGAGAUUUCUUGUUUUGCUAUCCAUUCCCAAUGUUUCAAGACCCCAAAAUACGUAUUGAAUCUGCAGGCUUGCUUCUUCUAAGCAUCUUCUACCUUUGAAUUCUUUAUGCUGAAGAUCUAUUUAGCACAUGAUCUAACUUUCAAAACCUUGUUAGGUAUUUGGCAUAGUCCAUCCUCUAUCCUGGUUUGAACUGCACUGGAUAUUAUUUUAUAUGGGAGUGAAUGGAAUAUUGUUCUUAUUACCCUUUUGUGCAGCAGAUCACGAGUGCUGUUAAGCAGUAUUAAGGGAUUAUUUUUAUUUUCCGCUUUACUGUGAACUUUUCUGAUUGAGUGUUUCCUCUUUCCAAAAUGCUUUGUGUUCAACGUAAGUAUUUUAUGUAUGAAUUGUUGGGUAGCUUGAGCUAUUAUAUCAGUCAAGGCACACAAAUUAUAUAAAAUUUCAUUUUAUCUAGUUAUUUUGUGGAUACUUUUGUUGUUUUUGAAACAUAUUGUCAUUUAUUGUUCACAUAAUAGACUUGAAAUUGAGGACAUACCUUUCUGAAAAUUUGAUUCUUUGUCAAACAAUGUCAUUAUACAUCACUGAAAACAGAAUCUGAAGGUGCACAGUCCUACUUACUUUGAUACUUUUGUAGUGAUCCUUACUGUGAGGUAACUUAUGUUUCACAAUGACUUAACAUUGCAUGUGAUUGUACAUUACUACAUUCAGGUGUUUUGAUAGAUAAAUUAUAUUCUUCCCUAUUAAGAUCCUUCAGCUGGCGAACUUUUGCUUUUACUUCUCUAUGCUCUCUCUCCUGGUUUAAAGCCAAUUCAUACAAUCUACAGAAUUUUGAAAUGUUUUCUUCAGAAUUUCUAUUCUUCCCAAAGACUGCUAUGGUUUGUCACCAUGCUGGGGGGAAUGCAAUGGAUAGAAGGUAGUCAAUCUGUACCACUAGGUUUGUCAAUGUAUUUACGCCAAUUUGAUGCAAUGUUCGGAAUUUUUUUUUAAUUAACAAUCCAUUUAGUGUAAUUUGAAUUGUGAAAACAUUGUGGCUCUUUAAAGUUGUCCCUGUUACAAGCAUCGUUAAAAUUUGUCAUUUUAUAUGCAAUACGCUGAAUGUGCCCAAUAGAUUUGUUAAAAUGCAACGGCAAAUUAGUAUUCUAUUGUUCCUGAAUAAUUUUAUAAUGUUUAUGCAAUGAUUGUUUCAGUGCACUUGUGUAUUGUAUGAAUAGUUUAAUAUGUGAGACUUUACCAAGCAGUCACAGUCAAAGAGACUGAGCAGUAUCUUAUUUUAAUUGUGUUGUAUGUUAGGAAAUGCUUUUGCAGACCACUUAUUGUAGAGAAAGUACUUUACUGUAUUUGUCAGUACAAAGAAAAAUUACUUUAUCUAAGUUAUGGAAAAGGCUUAUGAGAAAUUUAAAGUUUAUCUGUCUUAUGAGAAUUUUAUUGGUGUCUUUCUGUACUGAGAUAUAUACUGUUCAUAGUCUAAUUGCUAAAAUAUUCUAUAAUUUCCAGAUUAUAGCAGUUCACAAAACUGUAGGUGUCAGGUUUUGUAAGUCAUAAGAAAUAUAUCUAAAUACCUGUUAAAUAAUGAAAAUAAAUUAUUUUUGUACUUAAAUGUAUUUAUAAAACAUUAACUCUUGAACAUAGGCAGAUAAAGCUUUUUGAACAUAAAUAUAUAUAUUUUUUUAUUU